AUGAACUCUGGACUUGGCUUGCUGCCACUCAGUAUCGAUUGGACCCAGAUAAACUACGCAGGACAGCCACUCGUCACACCAUUCUACAUCACUUGCAAUGCCUUUGCCGUGGUGGUGUUCUUCUACUUGUUCUUGUCGCCAAUCCUUUACUACACCAAUGUGUGGAAUAGUGCUUACCUGCCUCUGCUAUCUUCCAGCACAUUCGACAACACCGGAAAAACUUACAAUAUUUCCCGCGUUGUUGACAAGAAUCUCAACUUUGUGCUAAGCAAAUACGAGGCAUAUUCGCCAAUGUAUAUAUCUAUGUCGUAUUCUCUUACUUAUGCCCUGUCCUUCGCAGCUGUAACUGCCAUCGUAUUCUACACAUACUUGUACAACGGGUCCGAGAUCUGGGCCAAGUUCAAGAACGCUCGCCAUGGCGGUGAGGAUAUUCACAAGCGGCUGAUGAACAACUACAAGGAAGUACCAGACUGGUGGUAUGGCGUAUUGACGGUUGUGGUACUUGGCUUAGGCAUAUUAACAGUAAGGUAUUGGGAUUCAGGAUUACCUGUCUGGGGUUUCAUAGUAGUGUGCUUCGGCAUGGGUGUGCUAUUGAUCGUACCCGAAGGCAUUCUAGAAGGUACGACGAAUCAGAGGAUUUUCUUAAACAUCAUUACCGAACUGAUUGCCGGGUAUGCAUGGCCCGGGAAGCCGAUUGCCAAUAUGAUGGUCAAAUGCUACGGCUACAACUCUGUCAAACAUGGCAUGGACUUCGCCCAGGAUCUGAAGCUGGGACAGUAUAUGAAAAUCCCUCCGAGAGUCUUGUUUUUUGGACAGAUAUACUCGUCCAUCCUCGCAACCAUGACCCAGGUUGGUGCCCAAUACUCUCUCUGGUUCAUCUUUGGAUUCAUCUUCAACCACCUUAUUCGGAGACGUGCCUUUGACUGGUGGAAGCGAUAUAAUUACCUUCUGCAGGCUGCCAUGGAUACGGGUACUGCUAUUGCAACCGUGCUUAUCUUCUUCUGCCUCAGCUACAAUAAUGUAACUCUCAAUUGGUGGGGAAAUACUGUAGGAUCGAACACUGAUGACACAAAGUCCGUGCCAUGGUUGACAGUCCCGGCUGGUGAGCAUUUUGGGAAGGGACCAGGAGAGUUUUAA